UCCACCUAGUAAAUUUAGUCGUGUUUGCGUUAGCUACUUAAGAAUAUUGAAAGUAAUUUUUUGUUUAAUCUGAAUCCAAUCCAUAGAGUGAGUUUAUUCGCUCAAACCACUGUAACAAUUCCCCAUCUUCAUUUAUUAUCCGAAAGCCUUAUUUUAUGCCCAGUUCUAGCUCUGUGUGUUUAAAUGCUGCGUGCCACUAUGAGCUCGAGACACGGUGACGUCAGCGCCGAAACACUGAACUAAACAAGCCAUUUCCAGCAGCGCGAGCCUCUGCCGGAGCGCUGGGCCUGCCCAAACUACUUCUGAUAGUUACCCAGUGUCUGAUCCGAGAAGUUGAACGGCGCUUUGACUGCUUUUCUUCAGUGAGUGACCGCGUCUCUCUGAAGAGCAUCGCACGCAGACGGAAGGCGCAAACAUGUCCGUGAAGCCUGAGGCAGAUUCGGAGGGCAGCUGGUACGGGGACGAUUUUGAGAAGAUUGACCGCUUCGGGAGCACCUCCGCCGCCCAGCGGGAUGACUUGGGAGAGGAGCGGCAGAUGGGAGACUGGGAGGACGAAUCAAGUGAUGAGAAACAGUUUUCUAGCCAUCCCGAAAGCGACCGGCAACCGCACCCUGUUGUCAUGGAAACUGCUUCCACAGAUAAAUCAGAUUUAAUCUUCCAGAAGAAGUCCACUGAUGACAGGGAUGACCUGUACACCUCCCUCUUGUCCAAUCAAAGCUAUGCCUCACAUGAAGAUACCUCCUACUUUUCUGGCAGCAUGGGCAGAUCUGGUGACAAAAAUGCAUCCAGCACAGAAGACUUCACCUCUGGAUCCCAUUUCCAGUUGACCUCGGACUCCAGCAUCAAGAACCCCAGUGCAGAACCAACUGACAGCUCUCACAAGAUACAAGCGUUUGACUCUUCUUACAACUAUAUGGACAUAAGUCGUAAAGAGGACUCCUGUAGUUCACAGCGCCCCCUUGAGGACUGGAGGAUGAGCGGCCUCUCAGAGCCCACCCAGUACACUAAACUGGAGAAGAGCCCAUCACCGGUAGAAGUGGAUGUGGAAGACAUUGGCUCUGCUGCAAUUCUGGACUCUCAGACCUUCCCAUAUGUGGAGGAACCAUCUGAUGAAGAGCUGUCUGACUACCUGCCCUAUCGGUCUCCAGGUACCAGCAGCAGUGCCAGCCCAGUAAAAAUCACCCUGACAGAAAUGCCACCUACAUCUGUAUCGCCCACCACAGUCCAGCACAGCCCCACAGUUACAGUGUCAGAGAAGGAGAGCAUUCUGAGUCUGGGGCUGGAGGGAGUGCCAACCGUCACUCUCUCAGAGCCUGAGGAUGAAAGCCCUGAGUCAUCUACACCCCCUACAGAAGAGUCUGAUUCACCUUUGGAUCCAAACAUCCAGGCUGAUGAAACUAAAAUAAUGAGUUCCACCCAAGACAAGACUCAAACAUCUCCCAUCUCACCCUCUCCACCUACUUCCAAGCAGGUGAGUUCCCCAAUAGAGAUGAAGUCUUCCCCCCCAAAACCCACCUUGCCUCCUUCCCCCCAGGAUGUCGAGGGUAGCAGUGCCGAAUCUGGAGACUCUGAGAUUGAGCUGGUGUCUGAAGAGCCUAGUCCGCGAGCUCCCACCACUGGCUACAUGAGCUUCAGUAAGAGUCCCAGCACCACUUCAUCAACCACAGUACCUUCCACAGUGCCCGCCCCAUCUUCUACCCUUGCGUUUGCCCCGAGUCCUGCCAUGCAGUACAGCAUCUUGAGGGAGGAACGUGAAGCAGAGCUGGACAGUGAACUGGCUCUGGAGUCCUGUGGAGAGGAAAGUCCCAAAAGAUUGACCCACGACUCCAGAAAGGGUUUCAAGGAGACCCCACAGCCAGUAAAAAAACUGGGCAUGCAAAGGCUAGCUUACAUGUAA